AUGGCCUUCAUUCCUUUCCCUCCUACAGCCCACAAGAACCUCUUCUCAAAGAUCUUCUGUAUAUGCUGCAAAGCCUGUGAGGAACCCCGUGCCACAGAUGAUUCCAGUAAAACGCAAGAGCAUCAGCCACCAAUCACCCGUUCAUGGUCGCAGAUAAAACUUGACAAGAAUACUACCAAACCCACCAAAUGGCCCUCUUCAGCACGACUCCUGACCCAUUCUAACAGGAAAGACGACUAUGCCAUUGACUCUAAUUUUAUCGAUGAUAUUUCACAUGUUUCUCCAAGGGGAUUUUAUAAGAGGAACCUAAACCGAUACUCUCAGCGGCACUGGCCCUACCAGCCAUGUCUCAUUGGCCAGCCCUGA